UCACUGCCCUGUUGCUCGUCUGUUGUGAGGUUGCUUUGUCCAGAAUAGUGAGAGAGGGUCGGCAGGGGCUAGGUGGGGCUCUGGCCCUGGACUCCCUGAACCCCCCCGCCCCUCACAUACACUCGGGCUAUUUAUCGUGCGGAGGCUGUUUCCGGCGGACCGCUGUAUGUGUGACACCGCAUCCAGUCCCCACUGCGCGGGCUUUUUAUGCUUCCGCGUUUGCGGUUUCUCAGUUGGUUCUACCCAGCAACGGUGUCCCUUCCCAGAGUCCCGACAUGCCGUAGAGUUAAAAGAUCACUGAAACUGGAUGAUCAGUUUGAAGAAAAUUCAUUUAGUCCUUCAAAAAUCAGAAGGAAGAAAAGUAUUACAGCUUAUUCUCCAACAACUGGAACUUAUCAAAUGAGCCCAUUUUCUUCUCCCUCAACCCCCAAAGAACAUGAGCGCGGAAAAGGACCAUCAAAUGGAAAAAGAAAACUGAAUAACCUCAGCUCACCUACAAUCAAGGAGUCCACAGCAAAAAACAGUGAUGAAUUCAUGGUAUUGCUAUCUAAAAUUGAGAGAUCAUCAGAAAAGACCAUGGAGAUAAUGAAAAAAUUAAGUAGUAUACAGGCUUUGGAGAACAACAGACAACUUGAAGAUCUCAUUGGCAUUUCCCUAGUACCAUGUUUCUUAAAAAGAGAAGUGGAGAAAACCAGAGAACUAAUGACAAGAGUCACAGAGCAAAAGCUGUGGGAGAAGAAGAGUUCACGAAUUCCUCCCAGAGAACAUCAUCUUGACAGCUUUGAAUUCUUUAAAGCCAUUUUAAACUGAGUGUUACCUUCACGUCUGACAACUGUGUCAAUCUACAUGGGUACUAGUCAACCUGUAAGAAUGCAGACCAGACUGAAAUGAAGAGUCAGUGAAAGUAAACUGUUAAGUUUACAACCCAUCUUCUAAUGGAGUUGAAAUGGAGUAUUUGUGGAUUUUUCUAAAUAGGAAAAAAUAAACGAGUCCAUUGUGCACUGCCUUUUUAUGCAAAAA